AGCACGUUUCCACCAGACAAGAUUUGCAUUCCAUCAAGCCCACAAUAGUCAGGUGCUUAAAAUGGCUUUCAACUCAUAUCUGUCAAGCGUUCUGGCCACAGCAAAACAAAAUAUGUCUCGAAAAUCUUCUCAAUUUCUUGAAGCUCUGAAUUCCAGCCGCAUCACGUCUUAUAAGCCAAAGUAUCGUCUUCCACCAUUGUGACAAAUUCUCAUCGUCCCACGUACAUGUACUCGUUAUCUUAUACCACGAGAUGCACGGAACCAGCCGUAGCCAAGCAGCACAGUUGCAUGGCAUUUCUCGGUUCCACGCCCGGACUGGUCUACCGGCUGCGCCAAGGGAUCAGAUCCCCAAAAUGACCGCUACAAGUCCAGAACCAUGUGGGCGGUAGUGGAGGUCUGCAGCUGAAGAUGCAAAAGAAAAAUCUAUUGGCUGUCUUGAAAUUCUCCCAGGCUGACGAUUAAUAUACCGUGGAUGCCGGGUUAGUGUUGACGAUGCUGUGCCCGGCACGCACUAACGGCAACGAUCGGGAAAUACCCAGCUGCCUUAGAACUACAAUUCCCCACUUCAUACAAAAUUCUCCCUUUGUCCAAGUAAAUUCAUCAGGAGAACACGCCAUAAAUCCCGCGUGCCAAGGUAGCAGCAAGCCUGUCAUGGUCAAGUGCCUAGACCUGCCCAGCGUCCACGACUGAACUAGACGCUAAGCGCCUCGCGAAAAUUCGCUUUCCAAGAUACACCCAAGAUCUUGGGCAUGCAAGCCGCCGCUGGAUAGUGCAAAGCUAUCUUUCUACCAAGAUACCUAUCGACGCACCCUUUAAUAUGUACUCAGAUUGCGUGCUAAAGCCAAGACAUGUCAUCAUCCUGCCCAGAUACCACAAAGAAGACUUCAUGAGAAAAAACAAGAGGAGCUCGGGGAGAUGCGAGGAGUUUAUAAGAACGGAUCGCUGUCCACGCUCUUAGCUCGAUAAGAUUCAAUACAUCUGAGAACCAAAAGUCGAAGAAAAGUAUUGCAAUCAUGUCAGGCUUGGAUUUGAAGUCGUCGAAUCCGGACGAGUAUCCUCGUCCCCGGGAGGAUGAGGAGGUCCUCAAUUUGGAGACUGAUUGGACUAAGGAGGAGGAGGCUAAGGCCAAGCGAAAGCUGGAUUUAAUCAUCAUGCCUCUUCUCACUCUUGGCUUUUUCUGCUUGCAACUCGAUCGCGGCAAUAUCGCCAACGCACUCACAGACAACUUCUUUAAGGACGUCAACAUUACCCAAGAUCAAUUCAAUGUCGGCCAACAAAUGCUCUCCCUCGGAAUCGUCCUCUUCGAGAUUCCUUCCAACAUGAUCCUCUACCGAGUCGGUCCCGGAAAAUGGCUUACCCUCCAACUCUUUCUAUUUGGAACCGUCAGCACAUUCCAAGCUUUCCAAAACAACUAUGGAUCUUUCGUCGCAAGUCGAUUCUUAUUGGGUGUGACUGAGUCUGGUUUCAUCCCUGGUGGUCUUUGGACUCUUUCGACUUGGUACACACGGAAAGAGACUGCGAAGCGAGUCAUGUUCUUCUACUUCGGUAACCAGUUUGGUCAAGCUUCCUCGAAGUUGCUCGCAUAUGGUAUCUUACACAUGCGCGGUGUUGGAGGUCGUGCAGGAUGGUUCUGGCUGUUCGUCCUUAUGGGAGCCUUCACCUGCUUCAGUGGAUGCAUCCUUGGUCUUUUCCUUCCCGACUCUUUCAAGCGACCUCACAGUACCUUCCUACCAAAGGUGUCACUCUUCACACCGAGGGAGUUGCAUAUUCUCCGAAGUCGAGUUCUGCUUGAUGACCCCAUGAAGGGCAAGAAGAAGAAGCGGAUUGGUAGAGCUGCAUUCAAGAAGGCUUUCUCGAACUGGCGACUCUGGAUUCAUUUCCUCAUCACACUGUCCAACAACGGUCCUCAGCGUGCUUUCGACACUUACUCACCAUCCAUCGUCAGAGACUUUGGCUUCGCUGCUCUGACCAGUAACGCAUUGGCAUCCGUUGGUCUCUUCCUUCAGAUUCCGGUGUCGUUCGGCUUCAGUUGGGUGUCGGAUCACUAUAACAAGCGUGGUGAAACCGUCAUUGGUGGUUUGAGCUGCCAUCUUCUUGGAUAUGUUUUCAAUCGUAUCUUCACCGAGAUCAACCAACGAGGCGUCCGAUACUUCGGUGUGGUCUGGACGCAGACAUUCGGCACGUUCUCGCAUCCACUUAACAUCGCAUGGAUGUCACUUGCCUGUACCGACUCCGAAGAACGAGCACUUGCUAUGGCCAUGUAAGUACUCUUUCUCUCACUUGCCUCUAGUACUCGCCUAAUCUUCGCACAGGGUCAUCAUGGGCGCCAACAUCGCAGGUAUCUACGGCGCACAGAUCUUCCGCGAAGACGACAAGCCCCGCUACCGCCGCGGAUUCAGCAUCGAUAUUGCCAUCAUUGCAUUCGGCUUGGCUUUGGCAGUACUCAGAUUUAUUGAUGACUUGCGCCGUCGUCGUAGAAAUGGUGGACGGUUGUUUGUCGAGACUGCAAGUGAGGAAAACAAUUCGCACGAUGAUGAUAUCAAGCCGGCUCGACCAAGCGAUGUUCAACCACCUCCAGUUUACAUUGGUGGGGACUUGAAACCAACUGCUUCAAACACUGUCAGAUAGGUGCUUGGUUAGAAAUGUUGCAUUGGCGUUGGGAGCUCGCGUUGGAGACUGUUGACGUGAUGGCUGGAUCAAGAAUAUCUUUCUCUUCAUGGCCGUCAUAAUCAAGAUGUUUAUGUUCAGUAUGAUUGAUGAACAGAUGUUUGGUA